GUGCGCCACGGAACGAGCUAUGAGAGUGGCUGUGUAAAACCAGGCGCGAGAGAGAGAAAGCAAAGAUCUCCGUCACUGCUGUACAAAGCGAACACCCUGCCAGCAAACAUAGGCGCCGCCAUUGUGACUCUGCUGGAAGUAGUCGUGCGGCCAUUUCAGUAUUGUGAGUGGUGCGGCCGGCCACUCAUAAGGCGUUCGCCCUUCAACUGCACGUGUCCUCGAGACAAGGACAGUGGCAGUGUGGGAUCAUGCAGCCCGCCUCCAUCCCCUCUUACCUUGGCACCUUCUCCUGCUGGCCCUCUGGGUACAGCUGACAACGAGGCUCCAUCCCCCCCUCCCCCCACCCUGCCCACCACCCUCCAGGAAACCCCGAGUGGUCAUCCUGGACUGACACUCACUGGGCUGAUGGGUCUCCCACUGAGACCUCUCAGCUCAGUGAUGGCGGUGGAAGGGGAGGGGGAGGCAGUUGGGGUGAGCCCACCCAUAGAAGGUGAAAUAGAUCCAGGGGUGGCUGAGCUCCUGGGGUCAGGGGAAGAGAGAACAGAGGCCAUGAGAACAUCGCAGCGGUUUUAUCUUCGGCUCGUACAGUGGCUGGGACGCAAGAGACGAACUGGGAGAGCACCAAGAUCAACUGAACUCCAUGCCAAAGUUCACUAUGGACUACGAACGGAAGCCCCACCCCAUGACCCGAAGACAGCUCGGAAGAGGUUUGCAGAGUUGAUGCGUCGUGCAGCCCGUGGUGGGUCGUGGGAGGAAGGACGCACACUUUUGGUACAACAAGAGAGCGGGUAUUCAUCUCCUAACAUAUCAGCACAGCACACACCCACAGCUCACCAUCGCAUAGUCAAUCCCCCGGGAUUCAGAAGGUCCCUAGAACUUUCCCCACAGAGAGCCAUGCCAUCCACUAGACCACGAAUGUCCCUCCCUGCAGAUCACCUACGACGGACAAUAGACGGCCGCUUUUCUGCUCAAGCCAUAGAACGUCGACGGAGGUUAUCCCGUGGGAAGACAAUUAGCCAAGAUGAUGGAUUCCCUCCAGUAACUUCCCAGACCCUACCCACUCCACAAGAAACGAGUAUAGGUGCUCGGACCAGUAUUGUUCCCGUGGUCACAAGUGCCCGUAGGAUGUCAAGGCCGGGUUCUUCGAGUAGAGAAGAGAGUACGGGAGAAGAGAGUGGAUUUGAAGAGGAAGAACCUGUAGAAGUUCGAGUCCCACCUCUAGUCUUAGAGGAAAGGAGAGACUCUGGGUCAUCCACAACACAGACAGCAACGAUCCAUGACCCUCUGGCAGAAUGGUCAAUCCCAAGGGACCAGUUACUUUUUGGACAUGUCCUUCGAAGGGGAACAACAACACAUAUUUAUAGGGGUCGUUGGCAUGGUGAUGUUAUGAUCCAUACCUUUGAUGGCUCAGAUUCAACAACGGAGAGACGUUUUUGGAAUCUAGUCGGGAGCCUUUCCAUGAUACGUCAUGAGAACAUAGUGCUCUUCAUGGGAGCUUGCAUGGUGCCUCCGAACCUGGCCAUUGUUACGGGUGUGCGCAGAGGCAUGUCGCUGUACCAGCAUACCACUGCAAGGGGAUCUAUUCCAUAUCCUUCUAGGGUCAAUAUUGCAAGACAGGUUGCCCAGGCUAUGUCGUAUCUUCACUCCCGUGGGAUAAUCCACGGUCGCCUCAACUCGCGUAACGUCUUCUUGGAAGCCAAGAUCAAGUUAAGCCUUUUAGAUCAUAGUAUGGCAGAGUCUGGACCAUCAGGAGAGCUCACAGGGUGUAUGGCUCAGGGACUGCUUACUUACCUGCCUCCUGAGAUGAUGAGAACUGUGCAAGUCAGCCCUCCUCAGGUGACUGUAAUGGCGCCACCAACUCAACAGUCAGAUGUGUACAUGUAUGGGACUCUUCUUUAUGAGCUUUUUGCAGAGGCCUCUCCCUUUGCUACCCAAAACCCUCAUGCUGUGAUCUUCCAGGUCGGUACAUGCAGAAGACCAUCAACAGCAGAACUUCAGUGCACCCAGAAUCUCAAGACACUGAUCAGUGAGUGCUGGGAUGGAGAGGCAGCCCAGCGUCCAGUGUUUCCUGACAUUCUUAAAACUCUUCAGCAGACACUUUCCCUCCAUCGAGCCCAUUCCACUUCGGAACCUGAAAGGCUCAACAGAAUAGGGGUUUCUAAUAGGCUAACUUGCUGACAGGACCUAGGGAGGCCGCCUGCUCCUGGUCGCUCCCUAACUGAAGAAAUUAUCAAGGAUUCAUUCAAAGGAGAGCCACUGAUGAAGCUCUUAUAGGACAUAACUAGGAAAUGUGGUGAAGUUCCCUCGAAAGGGCCAGUACGUGUAGUGAUCUCUUAUACUGUCUACCUGAUCUCAUAAUUACUGUUACGCUGGUGGUUAAGGAUACGUGUAAUUAAAUGUACGUGUUUUCAUUUUUAUACCAUUUCAAGUGUAAGAAUUAGUGGCUUGUCACACUGACUGUGAGUGAAAAUGUUUUUCAUUGUAAGGACUGGUGUCAGUAGUUCAUCGCUUAAAAGAGUGUGCAAUAAGACAAAUAGCUUUAAGGAAAUUGUAUGAGAAACCACACCAGUGACAAUUAUCACUUCACACAAAAACGAUAUUGCCUCUCCCCACAGCCAGAGAAAACCCCUUCCUAUGAUUAAGUUUUUAUAUAGUCAGUGACCUCUAAAUAAGAAAAUCUUUGUUUUCCAAAUAUGGCCAAAGGAAGUAAAAGAAACCUACUUACCUCAUCUACUCAGCACCUUAUGUCAAAUAGGGUACAGCUAGUCUUGGAUUCUGGGGCUAAAUGUGUAAAGGUUUUCUGGUAUGUAUUUUGAAAUUCAUAUAAGUUCCUCUCCUUUAACAAAAUUGACUCAUUGUUAGAUAAGAGAAUAAAAAGCAAGAAGUCCUUUACAUGUAAAACCCAGGUAUUAGAAUUUAGAUAUUUUGUUCAACUUUUACCAAAGUCUAGUUACAGGUACUCUUUUUAUCCUAUCCUACAUAGAAGGGAGAAAUUUGUAGUCUCCUCUAUAUCAUACUCCGUCUUCCACCAGCUCAAGGCUCAUCCAAAACGAUAACAAAUACUAGAAGGAUAAAAAGGUGAUUUUUGGUACCAGUUCCUAAACCACUUGAAGGCUGCUUCUGUACUGAAGAUGGGAAUGGGAGGCUUUAGAGGAAGGUUUCCAAAAAGCUGUUUCAGGUGAUUUGGCAGCGGGGUACCUCAAAAGAAUCCCAGUACUCCUAAAAACCGGCCGUUAGAAAGUUAAGAUUCAUAAGGUAAACUAUAACAAGAUAAUGGUUCAGGGCAUCUACAUUCUCUACUUUAAUGGUAGUGAUUAUAAUUUGUAGUUGGUCCUAAUAGGCAAAUUAGUUAAAAAGACAUUAUAACAAGUUAGCCAUGAAGGUGAUGAUUGAGAAUUCUUCUUUUCAAUUCCUGUACGUACUCUUAAUGGUGACAUUGAGAGACGAUGGUAGUUACCUAUCAUCUUUCCUAUAUGUAUUUAGAUUAUGUUUUUCUGAAGAAAGUGAAAUAAUGUUUACACUGACGUAUUGUUUAUUUAGAAAAAUUAUCACUGGAAAAUACACUGCAGCAUCAAGAAACCUAUUGGGUAUGUUAAUUAAAUUGUAAUCUCAACUUGGUCAGUAGCUGAUAUUCUUCAUACACAGAGUACUCAUAUAACUUCUGUGUGUAUUUUGUGAUGGAACUGGACAUCGCAUUCCUUUUUUUCUUUGAUGUAUGAUAGACUAUGGAAAUAUUGAAACUCCUACAAUACUGUAAAUUGUUUUGAUUGAAGCCAAGAAACCACUUCGUUUUGCUCAAAAAUAGGUACAGUAUUUGGAAGUAGAGCACUGUGCUUGCUUCUCAGUUAUAUAAUGUUGCUCAUCAGCAAAAACACUGGAAUUCUUUGACUUAAUAGCUUAAUGAUAGUAAAUGACUUUUGUUUGUGAAUGGUUGCAGAGGUGUCAGUAAUUAAUCCAAGUUUAUUUCAAUAAUGUAAUAAUGAAGUGUGCAUUGCUCUCGGAAGUUUGGAAUGUACUUGAUAUAUUUUAAUGAGGCACUGAAAUGAGAAGUAUAUUCAACUUUAAGUAAAAUUCUGUUGUUUUAGGAUUCAACUGUAAGGAUAAUUCUGUUGUUUUAAGUUAGGUCUCAGUUUACAUUGGGAAACAUGUGUAUUUACACACUAUCCUCUUAUUUGUGUAGGAGAUUUUCAGUUUUGUCCUUGAAAUUGAUCUCAUUUUAUUUCCCAGGGUCCAUGUCAUGCUUCUUAAUACUUGUAAAAAGUACAGAUUAUUCUGUUUUCCCUGAGUCUUGUUUUUAAUUGAGAUGCAUUUCCACUAUCUUUACUCUUAUUAUUUUAUAAUACUGUAGCCAGUAACUUGAGUUAGUAGCAGAUUGAGUUAAUGUGACUCAUUCUGUUAUAAUAUGAUACUCUUUCUCUUGCUAUCUUUAAUGUGUUUUUGGACACAAUAUUUUUGUUACUGUAGUAGGAAAAUCAUGAGCUUAUUGCCUGGGUCAUUAAAAACAUCGCUUUAAAUUUAUUCCUUUCGUUGUUCCUAGAGAAAGGAAUUCUUCAGACUCAGUGAAGCAGUGGCCUUGGUUCUUCUAGAACACAGCUGGUUAACCAAAGAAUUGUGAUUAAGUAGAGGGAUUCAUAUCAGUGGCCCUAGAAAUAUUUGGUGGACCUAGAAUCAUGUUACAAUUGCUCUGCAGUUUCACAGAGUUUCAGCUAUCAUAGGAUACAAUGCUGAGAAAGUUUGUUUAAUGAAAGUGUUACUCAAGUUGUGGUAAAUGUAUAAGGAAGACUCGAGAAAGUUUAUUUGCAAAAGUAUUUUUUUAUAUUAUGUAGUAAAAAUUCUUGCCAAACUCACAAAUAGUGAUAAAAGAGAAGAAUCAGACAUAACAUGUAAAUCCAGGGCCCAAAUUCUACAGAGGUCAUAGUGUGAUUUUUAUAAUUGUUCUCCUUUGGUUAUGUGGUAUUUGUACAUGCAGUCUUUAUAGCUUAUACAUGAUAUAGAUAGAUAUACAUACAUAGCAGAUAUAUACAAAUAUAUAUUUUUUUCACCUGUCUCCUAUAUGCUACUGCUAAUGUGUGAAACAUCCUUACUAAUUGCCUGAUGGUUAGAAUGUUAGAUAGAUCUGUUUUCAUGUUGACAAUAAAGAAACAAAAUAUAUGGUGCGAUGUAUAAUAGUGUGUAAGCAUUUUUCCUGUUUAUUUUCUAUUGUAUAUAGAGAAUAAAUAGAUGUUUGAUAUAUAAUAGAUCUUCUAGUGACUAUUUCUUUACAGGUAAGAAAUGAGAAUGGUAUCACAAGUCAUUGUCAGGGGUCUGGUCAGUUUAGUUUUUACCCACAAACUGUUUUAUAUAUGUCAUAGUCAUUCGUGUUAAUCAUUACAUCAGUGUCAUUUAUGAUUUUCUGGUUGUUAUUUGCCCUCAUUAGAUGUAUCCUAUAUUUAUUAUACAAUAUUCAUAUACCCAGUGUCUCUGCGAUUGAAUUCCUUGCAUUUGGACUAGGCACAGUUUUAGGGCUUGUGUAUCGAAAUGCAACUACAGAGUAAUGUGGAGUCAUCUUAUGCUUUAUCAGAAGUUGACGUGGUGUGUCAUGUAUUUUUUUCCAUUUUUGAAAUUUACAGAUCAUGGAUGGAUGAAUGUUUAUAGCAUUUGUACUGUAAUUUCAUAUCCAAUCAGUGCCAUUUCUAGAUUGAACACAAUGCUCUGCAUUAUCCCAAAGAUGUUACAGAUUCUGUAAAGCAAAGAAGAGUUUGCUGUAGGGUGAGACAAAUUUACAAAGAAAAUCCCCUUGUAUAAAAUAGCAAAACUGACACAAUUGAAAGUAUUUGAAAGUUAACGGACAAGACAAAUGACAUACUCCAAACAUCCAUUGUCAAACCCUAGUUUAUAUUCAGGAGCCACAAGAUGAGUUCUUAUGUUAAUUUGAUCCUGUUUGGUGUUUCAUGAUCAUAGAAAUAAAUACAGCUUGAUACGUUGUAAUAUCAAGCCAAUUUUUCAUCUAGUGCAGCUGUUUCAACUCUUUUAUGACUGUGACUCCAAGAAGAGGAGAAAUUGUUAACAUUUCCACUAAUAAUUUAUCUCCCAUAGGGGUUGUUGCUUUCAGUCUUUGCGCUGUAGGCAUUACUUAGGAUUCUUUGCAGCAUCCCUUUUGCCACCAGCUGCAACGCUUUUCAUUCAUUUUACCGUACCUCUUUUUAUAUUCUCUUCCUCCUAUCUAACAUUCUACCCCUUCCUAACAAUUGCUACUUCAUAUUUCCACCGCUGAAUGAUCUCAUAGGUUCUAGUGCUUGGCCUUUGCUCAAAUUUUGUAUUCCAGUUCCAACUAAUAAUCUCUCUCUCUCUCUCUCUCUCUCUCUCUCUCUCUCUCUCUCUCUCUCUCUCUCUCUCUCUAU